AUGAAGUCCAUGUUACGUCAAAGAGGAAAUAAAACGCCACCCUUCUACUUCUACGCUCUCAUUCCUCCGAGUACAAGAACCGGUGAAGAGCCACAAAAAGAGCCCACCGGAUUUAAAAACACGCGAGAAUAAACUCGGGACGGAUAAAGCUCGUCGAGCCGUUGGCGAAAGUGCCACAAUAACCGUGCGUAAUUACGCAUAAAAGCGAGAACAAUGAGUGCCACGACCGCUAUGGAAGUGAACGCCGAAGCCAGACGGAUCCUGGCCGUGUCGAUAAGCAAGCUGUACGCCUCCAGGACCCAGAGAGGCGGGCUGAGGCUCCACCGCAGCCUCCUGCUCUCCAUGGUCAUGAGGUCCGCCCGGGACAUCUAUCACUCCUCCCGGGAGUGCGAGGAGCUGUGCGGCGCGCCGCCGACAUCGGAGGAGGCGAUGGAGACCGGCCCCGUGGAGCAGACCGUGCAGCUGCCGGAGCCUCUGACCGAGCCCCGGCAGCCGGCGGCGAGCGCCGUCGAGCCGCCCUCGGAGGAGCCGGACAGCGGCGACGAAGGGUCCGACGGGGAGCUCGCGGAGGACAAAGAGAACAUGAGCCCGACGCGGCAGUCCAGGAAACGCCGGGGCAAGGCGGCGGCGGCGCCCGACUUCCUCCCGAGCAAGAGGGCGAGGCUGGAGCCCGGGGAGGAGCGGCACGCGGCCCUGCCGACCAGCUGCCGCGCCGGGGCCGGGGAGUCCCUCGCCGCGCUGUCUCUAAAUCGGGUCAUACCCGCUUUCUGAACGCGUGCAUGGAGAACAUAACAAGCCUCCAAUUGGACUUUGGAGCGGAGUGAUUCUGAACUCCCUCGCAAACCCGCAAGGGGUGGUUCGACCCCCCUUCCGCGCACCGAGGAGCUGACCUACAUCGGUCCCCGGGACAGAGGGAUUUACCGGGACCGUGGUGCGAGCUCUCCGGUCGAUCUGAGCGUGCCUGUCGGGGCUAUAGGCGAAGCCUCCUCCCCCCGUUCUCCCCCCUCUCUCCCCCCCACCCCGUGUCACGGAGAAGAAACCCGGCCUCAGAGAGCCACACGGGCCGGAAAGUUUGCGGGAGAAACCGAAGAGAGAGGAAGUUCGUUUUUGAUGAAUCACCCUCCAGAAAUGAGAAAUGAGUCCAAACAAGUGACUGAGCUGACUCAAAGUGUGCGCGUGUGAAUCAGCAGAGAAGAGAUAUGAGUCAAACACGCACGCGCACACGCACACACACGCGCGUAACGAGGACUUGAGGGGGAAUUUCCUGCUUUCAUACCGGGAGGUCAGGACGGGACAGACCCGCUGCUGCGGUGGACUUUGACGGAUCAAUACUACUGCUAUGGAGGGGGUCACAUGGUGCUAUGAGGGGAAGAUUAUUUAUAUAUAUAUAAAUAAUCAUUGGUGUCGGAAGUCAUUUUAUGUGUUUUUAUGUUAUGAAAUGUUCAAUAAUAUUAAUAUUACCUCACAUUCCAAGCUGCUUUCUUUUUGGUUGUUUUAAAAAAAAAUAUUAACUGUAUUAACGGUGUAAAUAUUUUUUAAUAAACACAUUGU